UUUGCACGGUCGGAGAAAUGAGAUAAGAAUCAUGCUUUGGACAUCGAACUUUCACGACUCUCUCGUGAUCACUGUCGUUGAUGUAACGAGUGAAGACCAAAACCCUGAACCCUAGAACUAAUGAGAUUGCGAACAUCGACCUCGAGCUCUGUUUGAAUUUGGAGAGGAGUCUGGGAGUAUCGGGCGAUUUGUAAGAGCUUAUGGUACAGAGAACUUGCCUGCCACUGCGGAGUGAUUGGAUUUGAGAAAAGGCGAGGAGUUUUUGGUUGGAUUUGAUUUUGUUGUGGGGUGGAGGGAGGAAGGGAGGAAGCGGAAGUUUAGCGAUGGAUACGGUUUUGUUCGAAGAUAUUUUCACUAUCGUGGGUAUGGAUCCGGAUGGCAAGAAAUGGGACAGAGUACAUCGGUUCGUGGCCCACAGUGACCUGGAUAUGGACCUGCUUUUUGAUGUGAACACGGAUGUUUAUCCCAUGGCUCUGGAAGAGAAGUUUGCGCUCGCUUUGGCCACGACGCUGAGUCUGGAUGGAACUCCGGAUGAUGGUUUCUUCGAUCAGAGCGGCCGAAAGAGCUUGGCCGAUAAGUUUGAGUAUGUGAUGUACGGGAAACUGUACAAGUACAGCGAUGUGGACGUGAACGGAAUCAGCAAGGUCGAAGUUUAUAUCUCCUUCGGCGGUCUUCUGAUGAUGCUCAAAGGGGAUCCCAAUCACUUGAACGCUUUUCAGGUUGAUCAGCGAUUAUACCUUCUGAUCAGGAAGGUUUAAACCUUAUCGAGCGAGAUCAUGUCGACAAAGACGUCAUGACUACCAUCGAAAUCCUCUGCGUCUGUUUCUAGGUGACGUUGUUACGAGUUGUCUCUAAUCAGCAAAGCAUCGGAGGGUUCAGAAGCAUCAAAAUUUGAAGCCUUCAUUCGAUCUUUCGGCGGUUCAGUGUACAGAGUUCUUGAUUUUGGACCUAGGGUUAGGUCGUGGACGAAGGGAGCAGCUCAAGAAGAGCAAACGUUCAGGCAAAGUUCUGACCACUCACUUCGAAUGUAGUGUAAACAUGAGUAGCUUCCUUACUUCAGGCUUAUGAUCUAUUCAGAUCUCGGAUUGCACUCAUCUGCCGGUACCGAAUUCAUCUGUGUUUUUGACAAUUUUCUUCGAAGACCAGACAAUACCUCUGUGUUCGCAAUUUCCGGCCCGUGCGUAUCAUACUUGUUCUCAGUUGGGCUACUUCGAGCAUCACUCAUAUCUCGUAUGUGGUUGGCACUCGCCAGAGUCUUUACCUUCUGAACGCUAUUAGCAGCUGUACUACUUAAUUUCAAGACCUUUGCUCACUUGCUUGUUUGUUCUCG